GUGAAUCAAUCCUUGAGUCUCUGAUAUCUAAUCGUAAAGAUAAUAUGCUGACUUAUCAAUAUAGUUUUCUGGAAUAAGUUAUUCGCGUGUGUAUUUGCGACGCCUUGGUAUCGUCCGUUGUACGUGUUAAAAUUACAUUCUUGUGUUUAAUUAUGGUGUCAGUGUAUUUAUAAAGUUUAAGUGGAAAAUGCGCCGGCGACGCAAACAGCGUUAGACAUUUUAGUGUUGAAAAGUGUUAAAGUUUUCGUUUUCAAUAACAAUCUCUAAGGAGGCUGCCCACUGAGGGAUGGUGGCGCAGACGGUCCGCUGCCAGUGAGUCGAGCGCACGACGCCGCAUCAGCCAUGCACGCCGACCCGGAGUCCCCCACCUGUCGCGAGGAGUCGCAGCUGCUGCCCGACGACUGGCUCAAAGUGAAGCCGGUGCCAGCCAACGGCAAUCUCUCGCCGGGCAUCUACUACCCUACUACAGGCAGCAAGAGGAGUCGAUCUCAUAGACAUGGUGCAACAAGACGAGCGAGGCGACGAGCCAUUCUCAAAAAUGGAGAGUGUAAUAUACUCAAGUCUAAGAUCUCGCAGCGGCGGUUGAGGUUCCUUCAGGAUAUGUUCACGACCCUCGUGGACGCACAAUGGCGAUGGACACUGCUGGUAUUCACACUCUCCUUCAUAUUAUCCUGGCUGGGAUUUGCAUUGAUCUGGUGGCUGAUAUCAUUCACACAUGGAGACUUAGAGCCGGACCACCUGCCUCCCAUGCAGGAAGCGUCUAACUGGAAGCCGUGUGUGUUCAAUAUUUACGACUUCACCUCCUGCUUCCUGUUCAGUAUUGAGACGCAGCACACAAUUGGUUACGGCUCGCGUACGACUACCGAAGAGUGCCCUGAAGCAAUAUUCAUCAUGUGUUUACAAAGUAUUGUUGGUGUGAUGAUCCAAGCCUUUAUGGUUGGUAUUGUGUUCGCUAAGAUGACGCGACCCAAGCACAGGACACAGACGCUCCUAUUCUCAAAGUACGCAGUAGUGUGCCAGCGAGACGGUGAGCUGUGCUUGAUGUUCAGAGUGGGCGACUUGAGGAAGUCACACAUUAUUGGAGCCAGUGUACGGGCCCAGUUGAUACGAUCUCGAACAACCAAGGAAGGUGAAGUCCUGUCUCAUUAUCAGACGGAACUGGAGCUCAACGCAGAUGGUUGCGACAGUAACUUAUUCUUCAUUUGGCCCAUUACGAUGGUACAUAAGAUAAACGCUGACAGUCCGUUCUAUGGUGUAUCUGCGGCGGAUGUGUUGCAAGAGCGAUUUGAGAUAGUAGUUAUUUUGGAGGGAACGAUUGAAUCUACGGGUCAGACGACUCAGGCUCGCUCCAGUUACACGACCAGUGAAAUAAUGUGGGGACACAGGUUCGUCCCGUUGGUGACGUACAACCGUGAGCGUCAAGGGUACGAGGUGGACUAUUCCAAGUUCGAGGAGACAAUGCAGGUAGACACGCCGCUGUGCUCAGCCAAGGAGUUGGACGAGUUCUACGGCAGUCAGGGUGAUCGUAGAUCGAUCGGAUAUGUAGCAACCAGUUCGUCGAUACCGGGCGACGUAACACUACGAGAAUCGAUCAACUCUGCGAUGCUACCUCCAUUUGUGAACAUUGCUGACAGACUCGUGGCUGAUGCUAUCCGAAGAGCUAGCCUCACACGAAGACCUUCCUCUGUCAAGUAUCCACCAAACUACUUCAGCAGUCCUACAGAAGAAUCUUCGUCUUCCAGUGAAGAAGAGACGAAAAGACGACGUGUCAAGAAGAAGAACAGUAAAGCUUAAUGGGCCUUGGUAAUAAAUAGUAUGUGUAACCCUAUAAAUAUGUAUGUAUAUGCUGAAUCGACCCAGUAUUCAGACCUAUCAAUCUCUGCUUAUCUCUGAUGAGAUAGUCAUUGAUAUCUAGCGUUGCAAUGCAAAUUUUUCUUUUGAUAUUAUUUGCAACAUCUGUUUUAGUAUUAUAAGGUCGCUUGUCACAUUGAGCAUGUAAGAAUUUUCAUUAUACUGAUAUGUUGAUAAUGCCUACAGUGUUUGAAAGUGAAAACUUUAGGUUUGCCUAAAGAAAAAUAACGAUGUAUUAUAAAAAAAAAGAUUGUAUCUCUAAGUGUACAUUUGUUCCUAUUGUGGAAAAUUAGAUUAUUAGGUGUCUGAUAUUUACAUUCAUAAUGAUAAGAUAUCUUUAAAUUGUUAUUUAAAUAUUGUAAUAUUUUAGACAACCAU